UGGUCACACCUCCUGCUCAAGGUCACUUGCAACGGAGGUCAAGCUGCGUGGAGGUAGCUGCUUUAUAUUAAUGAACUAAUUUGACUGUGUUGUGCCAGUUGUAUAUCAGUUUCAACUUUAUAAAGCAGCCCUAGGUAGUACACAUCUUCAGGAAGUAACAAUGUUUCGAGCUGUGACCAAGAAAAUAGCAAAGACUGCGAAUAAAAACAGCCUGUUCUCGCCAGUGCAAAAUGGCCGUCGUUUAUUUACAACUACACCAAUGCGGAAUUCUGAAACUACAGCUUCAGACAGUGUUGGUGGUGAUGACAAGGAACCAAGCUUUUCCGACAUGGUAGAUGUUUUUUUCGACAAAGCUGCAAGUCUAGUGGAAGACCAGUUGGUGGAAGAGUGGAAAGGAAGGCUGACACCAGAAGAGAAAAGAAGUAAAGUACGAGGAAUUUUAAAAAUCAUCAAACCCUGCCACCACGUUUUAAAUAUUACAUUUCCUAUCAAACGAGACAAUGGAGAAUAUGAAAUGAUUGAAGCCCACAGAGCUCAGCACAGUCAGCAUCGGACGCCAUGUAAAGGAGGUAUCCGUUUUAGUCCUGAAGUCAACAUUGAUGAGGUGAAGGCCCUGGCUGCUUUGAUGACCUACAAAUGUGCUGUUGUGGAUGUACCAUUUGGUGGGGCAAAGGCUGGAGUCAAGAUUAACCCUCAUGACUACUCUGAGAAUGAACUGGAAAAGAUCACAAGGAGGCUGGCAGUGGAACUGGGCAAGAAAGGAUUCAUUGGUCCUGGUGUUGACGUUCCAGCCCCUGAUAUGGGCACAGGAGAAAGAGAAAUGAGCUGGAUUGCCGAUACGUACAGUAACACUAUAGGUCACACCGAUCUCAAUGCAGCUGCCUGUAUCACAGGAAAACCUAUUACUCAAGGAGGCAUCCAUGGCAGAAUCUCUGCUACUGGCAGGGGUGUAUACCAUGGAAUUCAGAAUUUCAUCAAUGAGUCUAGCUAUAUGAGCACGAUUGGCCUGACUCCAGGCUUCAAGGACAAGACUUUCAUUAUACAGGGUUUUGGCAAUGUUGGCCUGCACACCAUGAGAUAUCUGCACAGAGCUGGUGCCAUUUGCAUAGGUAUCAUGGAACAUGAUGGUAGCAUCUUCAACCCACAGGGGAUAGAUCCCAGGGAAUUGGAGGACUACAAGAUUGUAAGCAGAUAUACUGCAGUUGAAUUUGUUAUAGAUCAUGAUUAAGUAUACAUUUUCUUA